CACUUGUUGUCAUCACACGCGUUCGCUGAUGUUGUAGUGUGUGAUAUCGCGAGGCCCUUGAUUUCACAAGAGUCGCGUUUUUGAUUCUUUUGACCAAUUUUCGCAUCUUCACUCAAGUUGUGACUCUCACACACAACUCUGAUUCGUUUGACACCGUCAAGUGAUGAAGGUCAAACUUUUCGGAACUCAGCAAUUUUUUGGUUAGUGAGACGUCAGUGUACUCUUGGCCGUCGGUCACAGCUGAUACCGUCGUCGUCUUCGUCUUCUCAGCUAGUCGUAGCGGUGUUUGCAUUUAAAAUCAGCUGUUUGUUUCGGACACCAGCCGGUUUGUAGUCUAGUGCAUUUAGACUAUUAGUAAGUAGAGGUAAGCAUGUUGUCACGAACGAUCGACCGGUCGGUUCUUCGGCUGUACUCGCUGGCCAAUGGCAGUCUCAACACUGGCUUCAGGGCGUACUCUCAAGCAGCGAAAAAGCAGUAUGACAUCGUUGUGGUUGGGGGCGGUAUCGUCGGUAUGGCCUCGGCCCGCGAAAUUCUUCUGCGCCAUCCUUCGCUGAAAGUGGCCGUCGUCGAAAAGGAGAACAAACUGGCCUUUCACCAGAGUGGCCACAACAGCGGUGUGAUCCACGCUGGAAUCUACUACAAACCUGGUUCGCUCAAGGCGAAACUAUGCGUUGAUGGUCUGCAUUUAAGUUAUAAAUAUUUGGACGAGAAAAAUAUUCCAUACAAAAAGGUGGGAAAGUUGAUUGUUGCCACGAACGACGUCGAGGUGGAAAGAUUGAACGACCUCUACAAACGUUCGCUGGCAAACAACGUGCCCGACGUCCAGCUGGUUGACGCCAAGCGCAUCAAAGAGAUCGAACCAUACUGCCAAGGAUUGAAAGCCAUCUGGUCACCGCACACCGGAAUCGUCGACUGGGGUCUGGUGACGCAAUACUACGGAAAGGAUUUCAAGCAAGCGGGUGGCGAUGUGCACCUCAAUUUCGAGGUGUCCAAAUUUGAUGAAAGCAAAGAUCCCGACUACCCGAUCAUGGUGAAGAGUAAACAAAACGAAACCGUGCAGUCCAAGUACAUCCUGACCUGUGGCGGACUUCAGUCGGACAAGGUCGCUGAACUUACCGGAUGCUCACCACUGCCCAAGAUUGUCCCAUUCCGGGGCGAGUAUUUGCUGCUGAAUCCGGACAAAUGCCACUUGGUGAAGGGAAACAUCUACCCCGUUCCGGAUCCCCGGUUCCCGUUCUUGGGAGUGCAUUUCACGCCACGAAUGGACGGUAGCGUGUGGUUGGGUCCGAACGCGGUGCUGGCCUUCAAACGUGAGGGUUACAAGUGGAGCGACAUUAAUUUGUUUGAGCUGUUCGAUGCUAUCCGAUUCCCGGGAUUUAUCAAGAUGGCGCUUAAAUACGUCGGAGCUGGCAUGCAGGAAAUGGCCAAAUCGGCUCUGAUUCCGCUGCAGGUGAAGGAGCUGCAAAAGUUCAUUCCCGAUGUGCAGGAUUAUGACGUGAAGCGAGGACCUGCUGGUGUACGAGCCCAAGCCUUGGACAACGAUGGUAACCUGGUGGACGACUUUGUGUUUGACCAGGGCAAAGGAGACAAUGCGCUGGCGAAGAAUAUUCUACACUGCCGAAAUGCACCUUCCCCGGGAGCAACGAGCUCGUUGGCGAUCGCCAAGAUGAUUGCGGAUAAAAUUGAGAGUCAAUUUAAUAUCAAGUAAUCGAAUGUAUUGUUUUAAUUUGAUUUAUUUUUU